AUGCCGAUGCUGCUGGUCCAAGGACCACACUUGAGAACCACCGCCUUGGACGAUUUCUUCAUUCUUUUUAAAACAUUUAUUGAGUGCCUACUAAGUAUGGUGCUAUAUGCUGGAGCUAGGAAGAUGAAUAAAACCCAAAAUCACAGUAGGGAAAGGAGACUCAUCGCACCGUGUCGCAAAAAAGAUCUUCAAGUUGAGAACGGCCUAGUCACUGAAAUAGCUGAAGGUACAGCAAUGACUCUGAGAAAGCCCAAACGGAAGAGAGUGGAAGCUCCUCCCCAAAUACCAAGGCAUACAGUACCACAGCUACACACCCACUUUGCAACCCCUGCACUGAGGGACCAGCGCUUUUUAAGUUACCUGCCUCUCCCAACCUCAGAGUACACAGAGCGGGCGCUGAGGCUCGGCAAGUGUAGGAGCCCCCAACCGGUGACCGCCGCCUGGGCUCUGGGGACUGAGCAGGAGACUCCACGGCCGAGGGACGGACACGCAUCGGAGCCCGCGUUUCGGUCCCAAAGUUCGCCUCGAGCGCCUCCUGGACGCCCGCGCACCUCCGCCAGGGGCUCGGAGGUCCCCAGUUCUCUCGGACCGCGACCCAGGCGCUUCCUCGAGGGGGCCUGUCCGGGGAGCGCGGGACGCACGGCUGGCGUCUCCCGGUGCGCGGCCGCCGCUCCGUGUGAGGCGUCUCGCGUGCAGCCCGUGCCCUCCCCCGCCUGGAGGGCUCUUUCUGCGCCCGGACUUCUCAGCGCGCGCGCAAGACCCUCGCCCGGGACCUACCCGCUCCCGUCCCUUCAGACUCGACGCCGCAGCCCGGUCCCCUCAGCCCCACGGCCCCGCAGCCCCGGCCCUCCUCGGGCCCCGACCCUUCGGCGCUUCCCCGCCCUCCGGACUCCCCCUCGACCCGCGGCCCCGCCGCCCCCAGCGCCGCCCCGCACCCGGACACUGACCUGCGGCGGCACCCCGCUCCGGCGUCCCGGCGGCCGACCCGAGCGCCCCGGGCGGCGGCUUAGGCGCGGGCGCGGGCUCGGGCUCCGGCUCGGGCUCAGAGUGCGGUCGGCCCCGCCUGCCCGAGGCCGAGCCGGGCCGGGCCGGGGGAGGGCGCGGCGCGGCGCGGGGGCGGGCGCGGGGGCGGAGAGCACGCGGCGCGGGGCGCCAGCCGCCCGGCGCACAGUAGGGCCCCUGGCCGCGCAGGCUGCCUUGGCGCGCGCCCACUCGGCUCGGCCUCGUUCGUUCCUCACAACCACCGCUGGGAGGCGGCUCAGAAAUGGUCCCAUUUUACAGAGCGGGCGUUCGAACGCAGCUCAGAGAGGGACCCGUAGGGCCACGUCUGGGAAGAGCACGAAGUGCGGGUUCCGGAGCCCGCCUUCAUCCCCAGGCCGGUGUGUCUCACCCUUCGCACUGUGGUCUGCGAGGCUUCUUUCUUACAAGUUGUUAUUUUUAAUGACAUUCUUAAAAAAGAAGUUAAGUCAUUUUGAGGAUCACCGUUGGGCCGUUUAGCUGACGGCCCAGUGGUCCUGCACGCUUUCAGUGCCCCCCUUUUGCAUUUGUACUUCACGCCGGUGUCCAUUAGUCCUUUAAAGUGACAGAGUUUGGGUUUUAAUCAUUAAAAGCAUUUCUUAAACUCAU